GGAGGAUCGAUUGGCGAGCUUCCGGGGCGACGAACGAUCGGCAAAAUUAUUUCGCCCAGGUAUCGAGGGAGUCCUGCAGGGCUGGCGAGUAGGGACGCUGCACCUUCGGGCGUGCCGAGAUCAUCACCGGGUGAAUCGCGUGCCGUUAUGACGGUCCAUCAUCACCACAAUCACCACGUGCCGACCCUGGGUGGCAUCAGCGUCGGUGGAGGAAGCCACGGGUUGAACCUCAGCGGAAUAUCCGCGGGACUGGACGCCAGCAGGAGGCUUCAACAGGACAGCAUCCAUCAGGACAGGAACGGGCUCGUCGAGAGGCUAGUCGGGAACGGAAUUGAGAGAAGCGGGAUACCUGCACCUCAGGACAGGAACGGACUGAUCACGGAAAGGAGUCACAUCGACAGGAUGGGCGAUGCUUCGACCACGAUGCCGCAGAGGUCCAGGUUCAUGAUCACCGACAUCCUCGCCGGUGCUUCGAGCCCCUCGAGUCCUUCAAGCCUGAUCCAGGGUCAGGGACCUCCCGGAAGCCCGCCGUCGACACCCCGCGAUCUCAGCGUCAGGCACCAGUCCAGAUCUUCCCUCAAUAACAGCACCCUCGACGAGGACAGCGACGAGAGUCAUCACGAUGCCGCGUCUGUCUCCUCGAACGGCGGUAAAGAAGACGACCCUAAGGGCUCGUCGUCCAGUUCCUCGAGUUCGGCGCUAAGCAAAAAGCAGAGAAAAGCCCGAACGGCGUUUACGGAUCACCAGCUCCAAACCUUGGAGAAGAGUUUCGAGCGUCAGAAGUACCUGAGUGUUCAGGACAGGAUGGAACUCGCGGCGAAGCUCUCGCUGACCGAUACGCAGGUCAAAACGUGGUACCAGAACAGAAGAACGAAGUGGAAACGGCAGACAGCCGUGGGUCUGGAGCUUCUUGCGGAGGCCGGAAACUACGCGGCGUUCCAGCGACUCUACGCGGGUGGCGUCGGGGUCCCGGGACACCCGUCGGCCGCGGGGCCUUACUGGCCCUACCCAGGGGGCCCGCCCCCACCACCAAGCGACAUCUACUACCGUCAGGCGGCUGCGGCCGUCACCCUGCAGAAGCCCCUGCCGUACCGCCUCUACCCCCCGGCGGCGGCGAUGAUGCUGGCUGGGCCCAGCGCCCCCCUGGGAACCCUGGCGGCUAGCUCGAGCCUAUCUAGUCUUAGCAGCUAUUACAGGGCGAGUCCCGAGACCGUCGACGCAAGGGAGCGGGAGAGCCUCGAGAGGGCGAGCAUCGGGAGGGCGUCGAGGAGCCCCGAGAGGAGCACGCCACCCCCGAGAGAAGACACGCCCCAAAGUGUAAGGGCGGAGAGCGACGACGAGAGUAUACACGACGUCUAG